CCAUCGUCUUCCUCACUGCCUCUCUUCUCUCUCUCUCUUCUCUUCUCUCUUGUUAGUUCACUCCACAUAAUAAACACCAAAAAUCUCAUUCUUUCAUUACAAUUUCGAAGUUUCUUGUAUUGGGUUUGUUUCUUGAUUGACUUUCUUGAAUUGGGUUGUUCUUGUUUUUUAAUUAACUAUUUUUUAGUGUUGAUAAUCAUGAUGGGUCAAGAUCAUGAGGUUGGGAGUGAUCAGACGCAAAUCAUAAAGAGGAAGCGUACGAAGCGACAGAGAUCAUCUUCGUCGACGUUUUUACUGGCAGCGGCGACCACCGUCACAUCCACAAGUUCAUCCGCCGGCGGUGGCGGCGAAGGAAGAGCAGUUUCCGAUGAAUACAACUCAUCGGCUAUUUCAUCUCCGGUAACCGCAACUGAUUGUACAGUGGAAGAAGAAGACACGGCGAUUUGUCUCAUCAUGUUGGCGCGUGGAGCUGUUCCAUCGCCGGAUCUCAAGAUUUCGAGAAAGGCUGAGAAAAUUCUUCAUCAGAAGAUUUCAUCGUCGACGGAGAAUUCGAGUUUCUAUGUGUACGAGUGUAAAACAUGUAACCGGACUUUCCCGUCGUUCCAAGCCCUCGGUGGACACAGGGCGAGCCACAAGAAGCCGAGGACGUCUAUGGAAGAAAAGACUAAACUACCCCUGAUGCAACCCAAGUCUAGUGGGUCAGAAGAAGGGCAAAACAGUCAUUUCAAAGUUUCCGGCUCAGCCCUAGCUUCACAGGCAAGUAACAACAACGUCAUCAUCAACAAGGCAAACAAAGUACACGAGUGUUCGAUCUGCGGCUCCGAGUUUGCCUCCGGGCAAGCUCUCGGUGGCCACAUGAGGCGGCACAGGACAGCCACCACUGCAGUUAGCCCGGCCGCUACUACCGUGGAAGUUAGCAGAAACAGUACAGAGGAGGAGAUGGAGAAUUUGAGCCGUUCGAUGGAAAAAAGGAAAUAUCUACCGUUGGAUCUUAAUCUUCCGGCACCAGAAGAUGAUCUAAGAGAGUCAAAGUUUCAAGGGAUAAUAUUCUCAGCUACACCAGCGUUAAUAGAUUGCCAUUACUAGUUGUUUAAAACAAAAUUAAAUAUGUUUGAUUACAUAGUAUGAAAAAUUUGUGAAUUCUUCUUA